CCCGAGCUGGCUUUGAUUCAGCUUUUGUUUGGGAGACAAGACUUUGGAGAAGUGAUGCUUCCGUGGGGAAAAAACAGGGAACACUGAGUGAUCCAAAGAAAAGCAACUGCCCAGCAGCAGGGAAGCUGAGGCAGGAGGAUCGCUUCGAAUUCCCGACUAGUCUCGGCUACGUAGAAAGACAGUGGCUCAGCACCCACCCACCAAGGAAGAGAGACUGAAGGGGACACUGGAGGGGCGAGAAACAGGAGGAGGCCUUGGGGGAGGGAGGGCACUGUAACCCAGGAUGGCUUCUUAGUGCACUUCUCUUGAGGCCGCCCUCCCGGCCUAGGUCCCCGGUGAGGUGCGGGCGGAGGGAGCCGGAGGGGAGUGGCCUGGCCACCCUGCGGAGGUUCCGGGAAGGGCGCGGGCGGCCGCGGGGCUGCCGCACAGGGCCAUGGCCUGGGCGCCGAGAGUGGCGGGCUGGCUGGGCGGCUUCCUCCUGGUGCCAGCUCUAGGAAUGAUUCCACCUCCUGAGAAUGUCAGAAUGAAUUCAGUUAAUUUCAAGAACAUUCUUCAGUGGGAGGAACCCGCUUUCCCCCAAAAGAACCUGACUUUCACAGCUCAAUAUGAAAGUUACUGGUAUUUCCAAGAUCGCUGCAAGAACACCGCCUCUACUCAGUGCGACUUCUCGGUUCUUUCUAAAUAUGGAGACCACACUGUGAGAGUCAGGACAGAGUUUGCAGAUGAACAUUCGGAGUGGGUGAACAUCACCUUCUGCCCCGUGGAAGACACCAUUAUUGGACCUCCUGAGAUGCAGAUAGAAUCCCUUGCUGACUCUUUCCACAUGCGCUUCUCAGCCCCACAAAUUGAGAAUGAGCCUGAGACGUGGACCAUGAAGAACAUUUAUAACUCAUGGGCUUACCGGGUACAAUACUGGAAAAACGGUACUAAUGAGAAGUUUCACGUCAUAUCUCAGUAUGACUCUGAGGUCCUCCGAGACCUGGAGCCGUGGACGACUUACUGCAUUCAAGUUCAAGGGUUUCUUCUCAAUCAGAACAGAACAGGAGAGUGGAGCAAACCAGUCUGUGAACGGACAAGCAAUGAUGCAGAAACAACCCCUUCCUGGAUUGUAGCCAUCAUCCUCAUAGUCUCCGUCUUGGUGGUCUUCCUCUGCCUCCUUGGCUGCUUUGGUGUGCUGUGGUUCAUUUAUAAGAAGACCAAGUACACCUUCCAUUCCGGGACAUCUCUUCCCCAGCACCUGAAGGAGUUUCUGGGCCACCCUCAUCACAGCACGCUUCUACUGUUCUCCUUCCCUCCCCCGGACGAGGCCGAAGUGUUCGACAAACUAAGCAGCAUCACCGAAGAUUCUAAAGGCAGCAAGCAGAGUCCCGAAGACAACGGUGCCUCAGAACUCCCAUCUGAGCCAGGGCCUGAGGAGCUGGAGUCCAAGGAUGAAGCCUCCUCACCUCCACACGAUGACCCCACACUGCUCACAUCUACCUCAGCACUGUGACCAGAAGACCACUUGAGAAAACUCCAAAUCUGGAACUUUAUGAUGCUGGGCUGGUACACACAACCAAAGAGCCAGGUUUUAAAGACUCCAUUUGGGAAUUUGCUGCUUUAUAAAGACUAAUAAUUUAGGGGCUGAGGGUGCAGCUGAGUGGAUAGAUCUCUUACUUAGUACACAUGAAGUCCUAACUUCGGUCCCCAACACCAUAGAAACUAGGGAUGGGGGUUCCUGCCUAUAAAUCCAGCACUUAAGAGGUAGAGGCAGGAGGAUCAAGGUCAUCUUGAACUAUACAGGGAGUUCAAGGCCAACCUGGACUAGAGACUCUGAGAAAGAAACUUUAAUAAUUAGUUUUUAUAACCACUGAAUGUAAUCUGAGCCCUUUGUACUCACUAAAACAAGGACCAUGUUUAAAUUGUGACAAACAAAAAUAUUUUAAAUAGGGGAACUAAGUGGAAACACUAUAAAAUUGAAAGAAUGUCUAUUGACCACCCGCAUCUCAAAAGCAGUCAGCCCCAUGCUGGACAAUUGAUUUGGAUUCCCAAGGAUCAAAGACAUUUCCUUCCUUACCUUUGUGUUCUGUAAAAUAUUAGUGUUCUGUAUAUAUUCUAUAUUUGUAUAUUUGUGUUAGCCAACUUCCUGCUGUUGUAACAAAAUUCCUGGCAUAAACAGUUUAAAA